AUGAGUGUUAUAUUAAUAACACAGCAUUUGUUUAGCAAAGAAUUAAAAAUAGCUCGUAAUAAUUCACACUAUUUGUUGUUAAUGCGAAAUCCUGCUGGAGCCUUGCAGAUAAGAACGCUUGCUUCCCAUUUGUUUCCCUCACGUUCAAAAUAUUUCUUAGAGGCGUAUUCGGAUGCUACUAAAGACAAUUUCGGAUAUCUUUUAGUAGAUAUACAUCCUAGUACACCUGAAUUGUUAAGACUUAGAACACAUAUAUAUCGUGAUGAUGAGAGUAAAACAAUAGUUUAUAUUCCAAAAUGA